CAGUCGUCAUGGCAUUGCGCUCUCGUAAACAGACAGCGCUGUCGUGCCUUUGUGUUAGUGGCGCUGUAGCUGAACUUUAUACCAUGUACGUAUAACAAGACAUUCGUGCUUUAAACCUCUCCGAUGACCAACUCCGCUUUGCUCCCCGUCAAGAAACUCGGUGGACACGAUGCUUUAACAGAAACGGUGACGUGACCAGGAAACGUCUGCUCCCUCCCAAGAUCACCGCAUCCCAAGUGCACGUGGAAUCUGAGGAUGGGUUUCUGGCAGCCAAUGACCAACCUCAGAGGUUACGUAUCCCACAACCCGCCAACGGUGACAUUCUUCCUGUGUCUGUUGAGUCUGGCCAUCUCCUUCAUCUGCCUGAGCUCCUACAGCUCCACUCACACCCUGUCUAACCCUGAUACAGAGAAGGACUGGAACCAUCUUCUGUCCUCCUUAUCACAGCUCCAGCUCUGUACGAAAGCCAGUGCAGGGUCAUCUGCACUUGUCUCAUCAGCUCCCUCUCUUCUGGCGGAGCAGAAAAAUUAUAAAGAGAAUCAGGUUGACUCUAUCAAGACUUCUUCUUCCGUCUCACAUUUGCAUCUCAGAGUCCCUCUGGUUGUGACUGCCAGCUCUGGCAGUGGCUCAGUAAAAGACCUUGGUCUAUACACUGUCUUGAGAGGCAGUCAACUACAUCUUGAAGGUAACGAGAUUGUUAAUGUGACUCUAGAGUUUCUGUCUGGAAACGGUACCCACACCUGCCUCAACAUUAGUGCCCCAACACACCUCCUGCCCCUGAGCCCACGUCCUCCGAAGUGUCCUGCAUUUGACAAAAAAAUUUCACCCGUUCGUGUGGAAGUGAGCAACCAGCUGCCUUCAGCCUCACAAACCUGCUACAGUUUACGAUCCAAGAAGGACCCAGCACUCACAGUCAUGUUAACCCAGGAGGAGCGUAACGUGGCAGUGCGCCAUCUGUUGGAAGUCAGUGUUUUUCUGCUGGGAGUUUGUUUGAUAUUCUGUGUAACUGCAAGUGUGAAACACUCCCUCACACGCUGCGGCCACUGGAAUGGGCUGGAUUUAAAAAAUGAGCCAUUGAUCGACACCUGAAGUAUUCUCAUCCACUGCAUCCUGAAGAUGAGAUCAGUUGGUUGCUGCUUUUAAAGGGGCCAACUUCAUGUGCAAUACUAAAUCAGUGGCGAUUCCCUGAUUUAUGGGUGUGAAAAAGAAAGAGUAUAUAUUGUUAUUGGAUCGCGGUUAAUGGGAACAACCGUUCAACAGAUAAUGCCUACACUGUUUACUGGCCAUGCCUUAACUCUCCGGUCUCUUGUGUACUGUACAUUCCAGGGGUUGUUUGCUUUCUGAACCCCCUUAUCUACUUCACUUCCCACAUUUCCCAGAAUUAUUCUCAGUAACUUGUACGUUACGUUUACUUGUAAGUGAAAAUUAUCUGGUUGCAUUCAAUUGGGUGAGGGCUUAAUAUAUCAGGUGUUUUUCCAGUUAAACUGAAGGUUGUAAAAUAACAUUCUCUAUACCAAUCAGCAGGUGUACAAGGCUAUUUAUUUUGUUGACAUUUAUUUUUGUUGUCAUGUCUGACAUUGAACAUAAAUGCCAGCUCUACAGAUCCACAGUGGAGGUAUUCUUGUAUUCACCUAGGAGACAGUAGGAUGAAUAAUCCCUUAAAUAGCAGUAGAAAUGUUAAGAAGUGGGUAUUGAAGAAUCACUGAAGAUUCUAACCAAGUGCUGUUUGUUGCUUCAGUCACCAUACACUGUUAAAUGGAUAAAAACUAAAAUGGGUGUAUAUUCUGUUGAAGUUUGUAUGACACAGGUCAUUUGCCAUGUUUUUUAAAUAACAAAGAGUUAACAGCACAAUAUGCACAUUAAAAAAUGUAUGCAUGGAAA